AUGAACCCGCUCUUCGGCCCCAACCUCUUCCUCCUGCCGCAGGAGCAGCAGGGGCUCCCCGGCCCGGAGCUCUCCUCGCCGCCGCCGGCCCCUCGGCCCGCCGAGCCCCUCGGGGGGGAGCUGGCCGCUUCGCCCCCCGCCGGUCCUUUCCCCGCUCCCCCCGCCGCCAUGGCCCUCCGCAACGACCUGGGCUCCAACAUCAGCGUCCUGAAGACGCUCAACCUGCGGUUCCGCUGUUUCCUGGCCAAGGUCCACGAACUGGAGCGGCGGAACCGGCAGCUGGAGAAGCAGCUGCAGCAGGCGCUGGAGGAAGGGGGGACCCGGGGCCGCGGACCCCCCCGCCGCGACCAGGCGGUGCAGACCGGUUUCGUCGGUCCCAUCCGGAGCCUGGGCUUGGGGCUGGGGCUGGGCUUGGGGCUGAGCCCGGCCCGGGCGCUGGGUUCUCCCGGUUGCCGCCCCGCCCCCCCCGGCCAGCCGCCUCCCCCCUUCCCCGCCGCCUCCCGCUUCGUGCCCGGCACCAUCUGGUCCUUCUCGCAAGCCCGACGCUUGGGGCCGGGGCCGGAGACCACCCUGGUGCAAGGACCGGGGGUCUCCUGGGUCCACCCGGACGGGGUGGGCGUCCAGAUCGACACCAUCACCCCGGAGAUCCGGGCCCUCUACAACGUCUUGGCCAAGGUGAAGAGGGAGCGCGACGAGUACAAGCGCAGAUGGGAAGAGGAGUACACGGUGCGUGUCCAGCUUCAGGACCGGGUGACUGAGCUGCAGGAGGAAGCCCAGGAGGCUGAAGCUUGCCAGGAGGAGCUGGCCAUGAAGGUGGAGCAGCUCAAGGCAGAGCUCGUCGUCUUCAAGGGACUGAUGAGCAACAACAUCACGGAGCUGGACACCAAGAUCCAGGAGAAGGCCAUGAAGGUGGACAUGGACAUCUGCCGGCGCAUCGACAUCACUGCCAAGCUGUGCGACGUGGCACAGCAGCGGAACUGCGAGGACAUGAUCAAGAUGUUUCAGAAGCAACUGUCUCUGCACUUGUCUCCCGUUAAGGUCCCAGCCUCGGUGGGGCGGAAGCGGGAGCGCAAGCAGGUCAGCGACGAAGACACCUCGCUGUCGGAGAGCGAUGCCUCCCGAAAACCUGAAGAGGAAGAGGAGGACGAGACCACGGCCAUGAGUAUCAAUGAGGAAAUGCAAAGGAUGCUGAACCAGCUGAGGGAAUAUGACUUUGAGGAUGACUGUGACAGCCUCACGUGGGAGGAGACAGAAGAAACGCUGCUCCUCUGGGAGGACUUCUCCGGAUACGCCAUUGCAGCCGCAGAGGCGCAGGGGGAGGUAACGGACGACAGCCUGGAGAAGGUGAUCAAGGACACAGAGUCGUUGUUCAAGAGCCGUGAGAAGGAGUACCAGGAAACCAUUGACCAAAUAGAGCUGGAGCUGGCCACGGCCAAGAACGACAUGAACCGGCACCUGCACGAGUACAUGGAGAUGUGCAGCAUGAAGCGAGGCUUGGACGUGCAGAUGGAGACUUGCCGGCGACUCAUCACCCAGUCUGGGGACAGAAAGUCUCCUGCCUUCACCCCGGCCUCCAACAGCGAGUCGGCCCCAAACGAGGAGAGCGAGGAGUCCGACCGCGACCCACCCAGCGACGCUUCCAUCAGAUAAUGAGGGGAGGCCCUGCUCCCUCGGACCCCCUUCCUGGCACGCCUGGGAGAGACUGUCAGGGACGUGGAGCCGCUGGUAAACGUCUGUCACCCAGGCUCACUCCCGUUUUUGGGGUGCUUGGCAGAUCCCGCACCCUCCCGCCACCGAAUAUCUCGCAAAUGGGAAUAGCUAGAUAGACCUGAGCACCCUCGCCUGGGCUGCUCAGCCUCCAGCCCCUUCUCUAUUCCCUUCCCCUGCUUUGGUUAAACCGCGGUUCGGGCAGGGAGGCUCCAACCCCGCCACGGCGGAGUUCUCCGGGACCUGACCCCAGGCCCGCCCUUCACCCCCAGACCCCCCUCCUCUCCCUCC